GUAAAGGGAAUUAAAGAUACCUAAGAUUUGUCAAGUUCUUAGGCUACGUGUCGAUUCCUAAAUGACGUCCUAUAACCCUCAAGGCUAGACAAGCCUAUAGGUCGGCGUGACCUUAGUCAAGUGAGGAGUCUCUGCUUAUUUGGGGGCUCAGGGGGAACAAAGACCCCCUGGCAAGAUGCAGUCCUUUGGGUGGAAGAGAAAAGCUGGAUUAGCCAAGCCUCGCCCAGCUGUGUUUUCAGGCGAGGAGGCAGAAGAUGACUCUGCUAAGGACCCAGAUGUUGAUUGGCUUACAGCUGCCAAACGACCAAAGGUGAUGGAGUUAGAAGACGUUAAGGUUAAAGCUCGUCGGCUUAGCAAUGAAGGAGUUAUGCUAGCUGAGGCUGGUCGGUGGUGGGCAGCUAUUGGCCGGUGGAACGGAGCUUUGGAAUUGACGCCAGAUGAUCAUACUCUACACGAAAUGAUGGCCCAGGCCUAUAUGCAGGUAGGAGAGGUGUUCCCAGCAUUGACAUCAGCUCAGAAGGCUGUGGAAUUGUACCCCACUUGGUGGAUAGGCCUCCAAACUCUUGGACGUGCACAGCUAGGGCUAGGGGAAGUCGAACUAGCUGUCAAGACCUUUUCCAAAGCCGUCCACAUAGCCCCAGAUCAGCAAGAAUUGUGGAGGGAGGAUUUACUGUGGUCCUCAGGGUUGCUCCAGAAGCAGAGAGAAAUUAAAGCUGAGAAGGCAAAAUUGCAGGCAGCCAUUGAACAGGGCACUGUGUCUAUCACUGAACUCCAAGAACCGCACAUUGAGGGAACCAUCCGAGAGAAAUCUCUACAGCUGUACAGAAAACAGCAACUGGAAGAAGCUGCACGAGCGCAGUCAUCGAGUAGUGGAAAGGAUGAAGGUACGAGCACAGAAGAUAAGAACAAAAGCAUAGACAUUACAAAAAUGGUUAGAAUGAGGGUAACAUAAUACCCCUCAGAAAGAGCCAUGUCGCUCUCUAGCAUCCUUUGGGAGGAGGCUAGGUAUCGCUCAUAGGUAAUUCUGUCUGAAAAAUGCGUACCACCGUGCCAAAAUGGUUCAGUUAUGAUCUCCCCAUACCAAUGGAUUGUUUCCCACCUGAACCUGAGCCUGUAACCCUAGCCAUGUUCCAGAUCUGUACCUGAUUGAAUGUUGAGGAUGUAGAUAUGCUGGAAUCUGCAUCUUUGUUCUUCCAUCUGUUACCUUUGCAUGAUCAUCUUGGAAAAUCCUAAUUUCAGCAUCUGGUUGCAGUGACAGACUUUUGAGGGCAAGGAAAGAGGGAGGGAGAGCUUGUGUCAGCAAGGUGAAACAGAGUUUAAAAGUUAGUGAGAGUGAGUCCUUGGGAUUAAAAGUUAGUGAGAGUGAGUCCUUGGGAUUAAAAGUUAAUGAGAGUGAGUCUGCAGGAUGAAGUGAUAUCCAAAAGUUACCACGUUUUCUACUUUGUUUGUUCAAAUUGUUUAUUUUGGUACGUCAAAUUUUAUGAAGGUUUUACUGGAGAAUUUUAAUUUUCCUUUGUUUUUUACCUGAGAUUUUAAGUACUGUAAUUUCCCAAUACAGUGCCCUUUGAGUGUCGAGUGGGCAUUUUUUUUCCAGAACAAGGUUUUAAUUCUUGUAAUUUCUAAUAUAUUGUGUGCUGCAAACUCGAACCCUUUGGUUACCAUUAGCGACAAAUCAUUGAUAAGCCAUUGAUUGAUUUAUUUUUUGAACCAAAUUUCUUUAGGAAGCAUGGUGCAGUGUAAAACAAGAUUUAGUUAAAGAAUCUUAAUUUCAAGUUUUGUCGUAAUACGGAAUACGGUUGAUUCGAGAUGACUCAUUAUAACUUAAGCUUUUGAUCGUUUAAAAUCAAAUAUAGGGAAUAGUUGUUUAAAAUUAUUUUCCAUUUAAUCAUGAGUGCAAAUUACAUUUUGAGACGUAAGAAACAUCACAUGUGAUGUCAGUUGAUUUUUAUAUGGCAUCUAUCAUCUAUCACUGUUGCAUCACCAGCAGCUUGCAAUUUUCAAUAUCAAAUGUACCACAUAUCAAUUCAUGCAUAGCUUGAAAAGUGCAGUAAUGUCUCACGGAGAAAAAAAGCAUUCAUUUCCGAAUUCCAUUACGUGAUAUUUCCUGGCCAUCAAGGGUAAUCAGUUGAAGGGAAAGAUAAGAUAUCUGUAUUUUGUGCCAUGUUGAAAUUUAAUGGCUCUUGCAACAGGAUAUAACCAAUGAUAAAAACGGCAGACAACUCUACAAGAUUUAGGUGAGUUUGCCUCAGUAUCAUACUUAUCAAAACAAUAAAAUGGUUGUGACAUUCAUGGUGAUCUAAACUUAGGUGAAUGCUAAUUUCAUGGACUGUUUAAGCCUUAUUUUUAAUAUAAUAAACUAGUCAUGCUGAAAAUAUAAAAGAUCUCGGAAUAUAUAGCCUAUAAGUAUUUAAUUCCGUACUUACUAUCUGGGUAUAAUGGAAAUUCAUUAUGGUAAUUUAUAGGCCGUGUACAAUGUACCUUAUUGAUUUUAAUGUUUGUACGUUAGGUUUUGAGGGUUAUUGAGAAAUUCAAAUGAAGCGCAGUGUAUAUCAUAUGAUUAUGUUCUUAUAUGUUUAUACAUUGUUUUUUUGUUUAAAAAUGCAUUUGUUUAUGGAAAAUUUUUACAGUUUGCUUCAAGCUUUUCAAAUUUGUAUGUAUUAGGAAAUUUCAAGGGCCAAAUCUUGUUUGUCCAGCAGACACAAUGGAUGGUGCUAAGCCUUCCAAGUGUUAGAAAAUAUUCGUUACUUUCAGGAACGAGAGGGGGUGGGGGAGGGGAAAUAAUGAAGUUUUAUAACCCACGUUUUAAGGUUUGCUAUUAAUAAAAGAUAAUCCCGCUAAUACAAUAUAUAAGUGCCUCGAUGCAACUGAUUCACCACAAACAGUAGACGGGUUAGGAUUUAUGAUUUAUUUAAAGUAACACCAUUGAAAAAUGGCCUGUCAAGAAAACAUAUUUUGUUGCUUACUUUAUGAACUGAAAAUCCUUAAUUUACUCUGAAUGCUUAUAAUAAAAACUUGAAUUUUA